UUGCUUAAUUACCCUGAUGAGUAUUCUUAUUGAAUUACCGAUUACCCUGAUGAGUAUUCUUAUUGAAAUAAUUGAAAUAUAGGGUUUUUAAACCAUAAACAAUUAUUUCAAUUUUUCAGUACCUUUCUUGAUUCAAUUAAUAAUCUUAUUCCUCUUGUUCUUGAGAGUUUCUAACAUUGCAAUAUUUUGUUCGACUGUUAUUUCCUUCCAGUGCUUGUUUUUGUUCUAUAAUUUUAAUGACUUCUGAUUUCAAUUUUGUUAUCAUCUAGAUCAUGCAGUCUGUAUCUCAUGGAUCUUAUGUUUUCAAUAAACCCUAUACUGAAUCCUCACUGUUUACCAAGAAGAAUCCAUUAAUUCACCAUGACUUUGCUCCUCCCAAGAAACUUGUAUUUCCAGUGUUGAAGAAGCAGAAACCGCUUAUUGUCAGAUCUUCUAUCAAGGAUGUAGUCAAAACAUCUGCUGUAUUGACUAAUCAGAUAAUCCCGGUUUCAAUUUUUCAGUCCCUUGCAUCUUUUGAUAGAUGGGUUGUUCAAUCUGUAUUAGACUUGAUUGCCUUUAAACCUAAGGCUAAUAUACUCUCUAUCGGAUUCUUCGAAGAGGGAGAUUUAAUACUGUUGAACCACGAUGGGAACAGCAUUGUUGGAGUGGUGCAGCACAUAGGGUUUUUCGAGACCACACUUAUAGGUCCUAUAGGAUCGAUCAUUCUUCAGAACUUUAAAAUUGAUAGGUACUCGAUUAUCAAUCAAACUCAAACAGUGGGUGAUGAAAAGUUGUUUGGAAUGUACACCCGUUUUGAUGGCAAGAAUUAUCCACAUUAUACGUAUAUUAAGGAGGUUAAGUCUGUACUUCAGAAGAUUGAGAACACCAAAGACAAUUACAAAGCGGUUGUCACACUGCCUAAUGAUAAGUUCGAAGUUGCAUGCUAUGUGAACAGAUCUAAGCUGCAAAGUCCUCUAUUUAAAAGUUACCUUGAAGUUAGUGCACAAGUCUUUGCCGAGAUUGAUAGGAAUAUCAAUAGAAAUAAGUCUGUUGCGGAUUAUCUCAAAUUUUGGUGAGGUUGGGGGUCUUCCGAUAUCAAUUGUAGAUGAUUAUAUAGGAAUAUUUUAAAUGCAAAUGUUAUUUAAUAGAUGCGUUGUUCAAAAACUUGUUGAUAUUGAUUUGUAAUUAGCUGGUGAUUUGUUAGUUGGAACGCUUCAUUUUCUUGU